AUGUGGACUCAGCCCACCAGGCUGCCGACCUGGUUCGAGACUAUCAUCCCGCUCUUGGAUGGCGGCCUGUGGACCAUCCAGGUGCAGGGCGUAUGCGCGGGCUACGGCGACGCCAAGUUCCACGAGAAAAAGUUCCAAGUGGCCGUAGAUUCGGGCAGCGGCGGCGGGACUAUCUCGCGCGCCGUCGCCAACCUGUACUGGUGCGGCGUGCCCAACUCCAAGUGGGACGACGGCUGCAACAACUAUCUCUACCCGUGUGGCCAGGUCCUACCCGAUUUUGUCAGCAAGCUCGCCGAUGGCCGCAAGGUCGGCAUUCCCGAUGAGGGCUUGCGCUAG